GUCAUCGAUUAUCGAUAGUGGGGCAGCGGUUGUCAGUGGCCAUUUUUGUUUUCAUCUGUCAGCUGACAUUACAAACAGUUGUCAGGAAAAAGACUUGAAUUCGUCUAUAUCCGAGCAGGAUGGACAGAAAUAUUCGUUAUGAAGUGUUGUCAGGAGAAGAGGAGAGAGUCCCUGCGGAGCCUGUAGUCUUGGCAAUGGUUGUCCCGCCCUCCACAGAGAUGAAUAAUGAGCAGAACCAGAACAACAAUGAGGAGCCGUUCAAACUGCCCUCCUACCAAGAGGCAACAACUCUGCCAAGCUAUGAAGAGGCGGAGUUGUGCAAAGCUGCCGAGGCCAAACGUGAGGCAGAGAGCGAGAGACACGAUGUGGAGAGGAACGCUAUGUCAGACGUAGCCAUCGGCACUGACGGGAUGUUCCUCUGUACAUUUAUCUUGUCAUUUCUGUUCAACUGGAUUGGGUUCCUGUUUUCGCUGUGUCUCGUCCAGACGGUUGCCGGGCGCUGUGGGGCUCUGUCUGGGUUAGGGCUCGGCAUUGUCAAAUGGGUCGCCAUCAUUAAGCACAAUCAGUGGGCGGAUGGUUACGCGGACCAGGACUCCUGGAUCUGGUGGCUCCUCAUAUUCUGUGGAUUCAUGAUUUUCAUAAGAGGAGCAGUGGAGUACGCCCGUUUCAAGUUUGAGUGGAACCGAGUGCGCGGUCACGUGGUACGCAGAUACUACCUCUUCUAGGAGGCAACUGGGGAAUGGAGAGUCACACAAGUGUUCAAGAAACACAGAAACAGAACAAACUUUCUUGUUAAAUAUUCACUAAUUUGUUUAAUACUGGCAUUGUCUUACUCCUAACUCUUUUAAUGUUGAUAAAUGAUAUUAUUGAAA